AUGCCUCAAGAUCCUUUUGAUCAACGGAAGGCGUUGGUUCUUCAAGAUAUAGAAUCGCCGGCUCCCGAUUUAUCUCCAAAAGGCGAUAUAGAUGAGCUAUGUCUACCGAUAAUACAUCUCAUCAAUUCUCAUGAUGAUAUGGUGACUACUUCAUCAUGCUCUGGUCGGGUUAGUGUAUUUAUUGAAGGUAAUAAAGUUAUUAAAGAUAAAGGUAUUAAGUUAGGUGGUAAAGGUGAAGGUGGUCGUUGGUUAUUUGUAACUCAUGAGAAGACCGAAGUUUUAAAUUGGUUGGAAUCGUUUGAGGAUGAAAUGGACUGGGAAACAUCGUCUAUCGAUAUAUCUAAAGGUAGCAGUUUGGCAAACAGAUUUGUAUUAUACAAAUUUGAACCAUUUAUUUUACAUGUAAAAUGUAGAGAUUUUGAUACUGCAUCAAAGUUAUUCAAAACGGCAAUGUCGUGCGGAUUCAGAGAAAGUGGGAUUGGUAGCAAUUAUAUUGUUGCUUUGAAGAUUAGCAUUAAACUAGACAUCCCGAUUGGAUAUUUAGAUACAGAUAAGGGAAAGAUCACAAUGUUUGUUAGUAAGGAUUACAUCUCAUUAAUUGAUAGAAUUUGUAUGGGAAAGUUCGACGAAAAUGAAAAAAAAUGA